AUGGCGGAGCCGCUGCUGCACCGAACUUUGUCCCGCCUGAGGCGGAGGGAGCGGCCCGGAGCUCGGAGCUCGGAGGAGGAGGAGGAGGAGGAGGAGGAGGAAGAGGAGGAAGAUGCAGCGGCUGCGGGGAGUCCCAAAAUCAUCGCGGGGAUCCCCAAAAUCUUCAUGGACAGCCCCAAAAUCUUCACGGAGAGCCCCAAAAUCAUCGCGGGGAUCCCCAAAAUCAUCGCGGAGAGCCCCAAAAUCUUCGCAAGGAUCCCAAAAAUCGCCUCGGAGAACCCCAAGUUCAUCGAUCCCCAAAAUCGGUGCCGGGAGCCCGAGGGAACCGAACCCUCGGAAGAGGCGGAGGCCGGGGAGGGUUCCCCAAUUUUGGGGGGUCCCGGGAGACCCCCCGGGCCCGGCGCGUACCUGCAGAGCCUGGAGCGCAGCAGCCGCCGCUGGCUGCUGGCAGGGAAGGGGACCGAGGACUCGGGGGCCACCGGGGACGGCGACAGCGGCGGCGACAUUUGGUACAACCCCAUCCCCGAGGAUGAGGAUGACGAGGGGACCCCGAAGGUUUUGGGGACAACGGAGGGACGCGGAGAGGAGGCGGGAGCCGGGCGGGGACAGCGCAGCGGGAUCCGCCCCCUCCCCAAACUUCGCCCCCCGGGUCCGGUCCGGCGCCUCUCGCUGAGGAUGAGAAAACUCCCGGAGCUGAGACGGAAACUGAGCCUGAGAAACCCCCGAGCCCAAAAUGCGGAACGCCCCGAAUCCCAACGGGAAUCCCAACGGGAAUCCAGCAACGUCAUCAGCCGCUAUCACCUGGACACCAGCGUGGCCUGGGCACUGCCCGGAGCUGUGUCCGGCCGGAGCGGACAUCGCAGCGACGGCGACUCCCCGGAGCUCCUGGGGGAUCCCGGGGGUCCCGGGUGUUCCGGAGGUUCUGGAGGUCCUGGAAGUUCUGGAGGUCCCAGAGGUCUUGGAGAUCUCAGGGGUCCUGGAAGUCCUGGAGGUCUUGGUGGUUCCAGACAUUCUGGAGGUUCUGGAAGUCCUGGAAGUUCCAGAGGUCCUGGAAGUCCCGGCAGUCCCGAAGUGGAUUUAGGAUCAUUCCGUCCAUACGAGGACCCCUCUGUCCACACCUCGGCCGCGCUGUCCGGGCUGCUCAGCGUCCAGUUGCGGGGUUUGACACCGGCGUGGCCGGAGAGGAUUUUUUGUGUUCUCCAAGUGGACGGAGAGAGCCGAGCUCGGACAUCGCUGCUGGCCGGAGGCGCCGAAUUCCUGCGGCUUGACCACAGCUUCAACCUGGAGCUGGAACGGGCGCGGCUGCUCAGCGCGGCCGUGCUGGCCUGGCACGGCUCGGACGGCAGGAGCCGCCUGCUCGGACACGGAGCUGUGGGGCUGGCGCGGAUCUUUGAAGGUGGCCGGACGCAGGCCCUGGCCCUGCAGCUCCACCCCCGUGGUGUGCUGUACUCCAGGCUGACCCUGGCCCAGCUCCGGCCAGCUCCGGCCCCGAGGCCCCCGCGAGUUUUUGGGGCAGAUUUGGGGGCGCUGCUGGAACGGGAGGGACGGCCCGGGCAGGUCCCGCUGAUCGUGCACAAGUGCCUGGGGGAGAUCGAGAGCCGCGGGCUCAGGGUGGUGGGGCUGUACCGGCUCUGUGGCUCGGCCGCGGCCAAGAAGGAGCUGAGGGACGCCUUCGAGAGGGACAGCGCGGCCGUGACGCUGUCCGAGCACCUCUGGCCGGACAUCAACGUGGUCACCGGGAUCCUGAAGGAUUUCCUGCGGGAGCUGCCGUCCCCGCUGGUGCCGCCCCGGCUGCAGCGCUCGGUGCUCCGGGCCAUGGCCCAGAGACCCCCCCGGGACCCCCCCGGGGACCCCACGGCCCUGCUGGAGUGCCUGAGACCCCCGGAGAGGGCCACCCUGCGGCGGCUGCUGGCCCACCUGAGCCUGGUGGCCGCUCUGCAGCGCUGGAACCGCAUGGGCCCGCAGAACCUGGCCGUGUGCUUCGGGCCCGUGCUGCUGCCCCAGCACACCUGCACAGGUGAGCACACGGGCCACCUGGGCCAGCCCCGGGGCCACCUGGGCCACCCUGCUGGAGAGGAUGAGGCCUCUGGAGGUGUGGAUUUCAAGAAACACCUGGAGGUGCUGCAUUACCUGCUGAGGGUGUGGCCAGCCCCCCCACUCCCGGCUUGGGCCGAGUCCCCUCAGGGCCACCCCCCCGCGGUGGCCCAGGGUGACCCCGAGGUAGCCACGGGCUCCCCCCCCGUGGUGGCGCGGUCGCGACCGAGGGGUCCCGAGAGCCCCCCCAGCAAUCGCUACGCGGGGGAUUGGAGCGUGUGCGACCCCCGGGGAGAGCCCGCGGACAAUUUGGGGUCGGGGCCCCGGCUGACCCUAAAGGAUUUCGAUGCCCUGAUCCGGGAGCUGGAGCGGGAGCUGGGGACGCGGCCGGAUGUGGGGCUGUGA